UGUCUUUCAUCCUGUUCUCCUCCGUCUACCGGAGCUGGUUACAACCUUCAUUGCUUUGACUAUCUAGCCUACCCAGUAUUGCACCACGAGGUCCACAUUCCAUCCAUCCCGACUAUCUAGUAUCAUCCCAAUCGAUCGCAAUCGAGAUACGCCAUCGACAUCUACCUACUGACAGCUACCUUAAAGAGUCCCGUCUCGAGCUCCAAGCUCCUGACGCCUCUCUCAUCCAAUAAUCAUGCCCCCAAUCCACCCCGACAACAUUCCUCCCCUCCCCAACCUCCAAGCCACCACCCUCGAAAAUGCCCCCCACCACCUCAUCGCCCGAUCCAGCCAGACCUACGCCGCAGGCUCCGGCACCGUUGCCCCCACCCACAUUAACAUGAAAGGUCUAAUGGCCCUAUUCGCCCUCAUCGGCGCGGCCUUCGUCCUCGCGGCAAUCUGGUUCUUCUUCUGGGCCAAAAACGGCGGUUUUAUCUGGCGCAAAGGCGACUGGGAAGAAUACAAAUCUACCGUUCUUCGCCGCAAGGGACCCGACGGCCGUACCCUAAGUAACGCAACCAAGAGCACCAAACUCGGCGGCGGAAGCGUCUACCACAAAGGCUACACCGACGACGGCUACACCUACGCAGACACCGCCACAAACCUGACAGAGAAAACCGGCAUGGCGGGCGCCACGGCCGACCCGGAACGUAAGCGGAGACGCAAGCUACGCGAGAAAUUCCGCCGCAGACGCAAGAACGACGAAGUGACUGUGAACUGGGAGAACGAUGUCGAUGAGGACGUGGCUGCGUAUCGGAAAGAGAAAGCCGCACGGGUCGGGGGAAUUAACCGCGACGGAGAAGGAACUUACUACGGGAGCGAUUACGAUCUGUCCAACCCAGCAAGCCACUACAAUCAGAGCGAAAUCACGGGUAGCCAGGUACGGGAUUACGCAUACGACCCUGCGCCUGCGCGGGCAUCUCCGUCCCGAAAACAAAGCAAGAGACGCGACUUCUCCUUCGUGCCGGGAAGCGAAGAGGUACUUAGCCAAGCACCAACCCACGACCACAGGGCUCGGGAGUCGUCAACCAGGAGACACAAUCGACGUCGAGAACGGAGAAGAAACCCCCCGCCGUCGGAGUCUUCAGGGUCUAGAACGAGCAGUCCCCGGAAGCGCGAGAGACCCGCAGUGAGGGGACAUUACACCGAGGCAUUAGACUUCUCAUCUUCGGCUCCUUCAAGAUCGGAAUAUCAGUACUCGAACGUCGAGACGGAGGACUCGGGCACAAAGAGUUACCACCAUCCGAUUCCGGGAUUGAGUAAGGGAUACCGACGAGAGGGAGGACGAGGUCGUCGGAGGGAUAGUUUGAGCGAGAGUGACUGAGCGACUGACAUUGAUUCAACUCUACGAUACGAUAUGCGCCGCGACUGUAAAUAAUGCUUUUGCUUUUCUUUCUAUGUUGAACGAGAUAUGAAAUGCGAUGAU